UAUAGUCUUCAUUCACUUUUUUAGGUUCCAAAACAAAACAAGGCCUAAAAGUGUGAAAAUGGCAAGAAAACUAAAACUAUAACAUUUAGUCCUUAAAGAAGAUAAUAUUCAUUUUCCGAUAACGUUGAAAUAAAGUCGUUUAGUAACGAAGUUCCUCGUAGAAAUUUUAUGUAUUUAUUAUUGUAUAUCAUGAUGAUGUGCGAGCAUUUAAAAAUAGUAUAUAUUUUUUAUUUAAGAAUUAUAGAAUAUACAUAUCUUAGUAUUUUAAACAUUGAUUAUGGUUUAACUGUCAUUAGUGUAGCGUAAGUUAAUAUCGUCAUAAUAUUAAAUCCACGGAGCUCCCGGGCCCCCGCCUCACCUCAUCUGCCGUCACAUCGUCAGUGGCCUUGCAGUGUUUAUUCAGAGUGGUAGUGCGUUUCGUAUUUUUUGCAAGAUAUUCAUAUUUCUAGCGAUUUCAGUGCUGUGGACCAAACUCGACUCAUUCAUCUCUUAACCAAAAUUACAAAAGGACAUUAUGCCGAAUAAGAAAACGAUGAGUGAAAAUGAGUUAGAAAGAAGAAGAAUAGCAAGGAGAGAAAAAUAUAAACAAAUUAAAAACGACCCAGAAAAAUACAUCGCCGAAAGAGCUAAAAAAAGAGAAGCUUAUCUAAAGCGAAAAGAGAGUAAGAAGGUGAAAAGCAUUAACGAAAUGUCUCCAAGAGAGCAAAGGGUACAACGGAGAAAAUGGAGGGAAAAUUCCAAGCGCUAUUAUGAAAAGAUAUUAAAAGAGAAAAAGAUACAAGAGGUGAUUGUCCCAAGAACUGAAAUAGACUCUACAGCCGAAGAUAAAACUAUCGACCCGUUGAAAAGACACGAUGCAGAACGACAAUAUAAGUCACAAAACAAAAUCUUGUUGAAUAAAAUUAAGGUUUUAAAACGAAAACACCUCAUGGAAAAAAAAGAAAUGUCUUGUCUAAUAAAAAAAUACCAAUACAGGUGCAGAGUUCUAUUGCGAAAAAUUAAUAUUAUGAAAAAUAAUCACGAAAAAGAAAAUGUAGAUAGUGAAAAAACUGGUAAGAUAUAUGCAGUCACAGAAGAUAACACCAAGUCGAAUACUGUUUGUCGAAAACGAAAUUAUGACCUCUACAGAAAGUGCCUACGCAGCCGUUUACAAAAGAAGAUUUUAGGAGGCAAAAGUAUCCAAGAGUUAGUGGAACGAUUUUAUGAAGAUGAUAUCAAUAGCCGCAAUACUGCUGGUAAAAAACAAUGUGUUAAAAAGUUCGGAGUUACUAAACAAAAGCGGUAUUUACUGGACUCUGUAAAAAAAUUGCACAAAAAGUUUAUGGAAGAAAAUCCAAACGUUAAAAUAAGUUACGUAACAUUCGCACGACUUCGUCCGUUUUGGGUUUACCUACCUAGAGAUGACAGAGAUACUUGUGGUUGUACAGUUCACACAAAUAUGGAUAUUAUAAUCUCGAGUUUGAAAAAAAAAGGAAUAGUUGAUAUAAUUAACUUUCAAAAAAUGUUGGAUAUCUUGUGCUGUGACAAAUAUAAUCUUAAAUGUGUUUCUCGUACAUGUCAAAUUUGUAAAAAUAAAGUCAUACCAUACAACGAGUUCAGUAAUCAUCAAGAAAUAGAAUACUAUGAGUGGGAUAGGGAUAAGAAAAAAGUGGGUCAAAAAGAAAUUACCAUCACUAAGAAAUUUAAACGAACAACUCAAAUAAGAAAUCUGAUAUUAAAACUAGAGGAUUCUCUUCCUAAAUUCUUCUCACAUACUGCGAAUAUUAUAAACCAAUACCAAAUUAUAACAGAGCUGAAAAAAUCCCUGAAUGAUUACGAAGUUUUAAUCCACAUGGACUUUUCCGAAAAUUAUAGCUAUAAAUUCGCUGAAGAAGUACAAAGCUUGCACUUUGGAGGUAGCCGUGGCCAGAUUUCUUUGCACACAGUAGUAAUUUAUAUUAAAAAGGGAAGGGAAACCAUUAACUAUUCUUUAUGCACAGUUAGUGAAUGCCCUAGACACGAUUCACCAGCAGUGUGGGCUCAUUUAGAGAAAGCACUAGAGUUUGUAUUUGAAAAAUCUCCUAAUAUAACUACUGUGCAUAUACUAACAGAUAGCCCUUCGAGUCAAUAUCGCAACAAGUAUAUAUUUUACAUCAUGACACAGCUGCGAAAUGUCUUCUCAUCAUUAAAAUCUGUAACUUGGAACUAUCAGGAAGCCGGCCACGGUAAAGGUGCUCCAGAUGGUGUUGGCGCCGUAGUUAAAAGGACGGCCGACUACCAAGUAAAAUGCGGGCGUGAUGUGGGGGACUUCUCAACAUUUGUUGGUAUUGUGCGAGAAAACGUAAAAAAUGUCGAGAUAAGGGUUGUAGAAGAACAUGAGAUUAGAGAAAAAGAAAUUCAUCUCCCUAAAAACAUAGCUCCCUUUAAAGGAACUAUGUUAGUACACCAGGUGCUUUGGAACUCCGAUUCGGAAUUCCUUGAGUUUAGAAAAUUGAGUUGUUACGAGUGUGUUGUCACUAUUUGUAAGCACGACAAGCACAUGCAACUGCAUAAAAUUUAUAAAAGUCCAAUAGAUUCAGAAGUCGGUAAUGUUAAAAUCAUACCUCCUAAUAAGAAGAUUAAAAUAUUGAGCGAUAUCACCAUUAAACACUCCAAUAAGCCCUGUAAUACUCCAACUUCUCGAAUUCACAAUGAACAAAACGUUACACCACUUGCUAAAGUUAAAGGUACCUGGGAAAAUCAGUCAUUCAUGAUAAAUCAGACAGGAGCAAUGGCGUCUGGAUUUGGGCAUCAACAAGAAUUUCUUACGUUUUUGAAUCAACAACAGGUAUCCAAAGAUUUAUUGAACGAUUAAGAAAGAAUCUUUGUGAUGAAGGUAUUAUUAAUGAGAAUAGAAGCAGAAAUCAAGAUUAUUUUUAUACAAUCAAUGAUUAAAACCAAAGAAUAACAAGACAAAAAUCAGCAAAAUUAUGGAUAGAAUAAUAUUGAAUAUAACAUAGAAGACUUAGAAAAUGAAUCAAUACUUCAGUAUUUUUUAGUUUAAAGAAAACUACUGUUUUUAAUUAUACGGAUAAUUUUAGUUUGUGUUUAGACUGCGAUUAGUUGUUAUAUAUUUCUUUGAAGAUCGUGAUUAUUUCAUAUAUAUUAAAUUUUAAUCCAAAAGUUCCUCUAAGAAGACUGAAAAAUUAUAUAUGCACCCAAAUAAUACUUUUACGAUUGUUAAGGUUAUAUGAUUGUUACAUUAAACUGAUUUAAUCCAUUUGGGAUAGUUUUAU